GCCACCACAUAGGUAUCUCAUCUCGAAGGCUGCAUUGUCUUUUUGAUCAUUUUUUAUUCCUAACACCAUCACAAGCAAGGCUCUGCUAUUCGACACACCGAACUGCUAAGAGUAACUCGCAAUACUUUUGGCCUCGGACAUUCUCUUUGGUGGUAAGUUACCCAGACGUACCUAUGAUGGAAGCGCGAUGAUGCCUAUGAUACUCUUUUCUCCGACGCCUCACCCUAGUUACUUAUGCACCUGAUCUAUUAAUCUAUUACUGAACACUAUUUACAGGACCGUAUUGAUUUGCCUUUUCUUUUUAAAAAGACCUACAGGCUAUUAACUACCAGCUUUGCAUCACUUGAUCCGCCAUAGUAUGUCCGCGAUCGUGAUCGUACGUGGGGGCGUAAUAAUAACUGACAUGCACGGAUAAUAGGUCAGUCAUGGCGAAUCAUCAAGAUCAUUUGCCCAACAAUAUCUGGGGUUUCCCGGGCGUUGAAUUCCAGGCAACAGAUGCCGGCAUGGGCUAUCAUCAAGGCAUGGAGCAGGGCCUAGGGCUUCAGAACCCCUUCAACCCGGGGUUUCCAAAUUCGGAAUUAAUCGGACAAGGUCCCAACUUCGACGAUGUCGCCGCCGAUAUUCCUUAUGCAAUGCCCCACAUUGCGACCCAGCAGGAGGGAACUGCUAUUCAGAGACCUACCUUUGGAUGGGAUGACCAAGCAGCCGGAGGUGAGUCAUGCUUCAGCCUGAUUGAUGAUGAUUCGAAGCUACGCCUCGUGUCGGGCAAUGGUCGUUGCCGCCUAAAAUAGUAUACAAAGCUAACAAGUAUAAAACCCUCUAGACUCCCUCAAACCACGAUCCGCGAUGGGUGAAGCUCAUUUGAGUGAGGAUAACUGGACAUACGGGGUUGAGGUCUCUCCAGCUAUUGAUUUUCUGCCUGGUUACCACCUCGUCAAGAACCACGUCGCUGCCAUCCAUAAGCAGCUAACAAACCGAUCUAUAGACUACGACUACGCCCUCGUC